AUGGUGGCAUCUGCUCACUUCCUCCACAUAUUCAGUGUCAUCACAAUCCAGCCUGGCCAUGAUCCCUCUCUUCAACAGGGUAUUGUCUCCAAGCAGGAGAAUUAUGACCCAGGUGACCUACACGACCAAGCUGUGCACGUUGGUCAGUCGAAAAGCAGCAAAACGCCGCUGGAUGUAGCUUCGCAGGAGCUGGGCAGUAAGGCAUCAUGCGAGGGGUUGUCCGCAAGUGCCUUUGACAGUAGUGGAGCACAUGUGGAGAAGGGCAAGGGUGCACAGGAAGAGAGCACUCCACUGGGCUUUCUUGAUUCUGUCAAGAGCAAGCAUGGCUUCCAGAUGACGAGUGGCGAAGUAAAGCAGAAGACGGGCAGAGGCGAGAAGUCACAGGAAAUGAAGGAUUAG